AUGAAGCGCUUAGUGAGCUCCCUCGGGCUUUUCGGUGGCUUUCUAUUAUUCCUACCUUGGUUAUCGACUAUCUACUUUCCUCAAAGCGAAAAAUCUGAAGCAAUCAGAAACCAAGUAAUCUACGCGACGUAUUUGAGCGCGCCCACCGAAAACAAAACCCAUUUCAUCUCCGAAUUUCACAAUACCAGCGAUCCAUAUUUCGACGCCGCUCGAAUCCUCACAUACCAGCUCCUUCACGCACCGGAAACACGGACCAGACUGGAUAUCUCCUUCGUGGUCUUUGUUCAUGAGAAUGUCGAUCGUGAAAAGAGAGACCGGCUGCAAUCCGACGGUGCGCAAGUAAUCGAGUGGUCCGAUUUCCGAGUCGAUUGGGUUCGACCGAAGGAUUCCCGAUGGGCCGAUAUCUUGACGAAACUGCGGCUGUGGGAGAUGGUCCAGUACGAUCUGAUUGUGUUUUUGGAUGGCGAUUCCGUUCUGACGAGAUGUAUCGACGGGCUUCUCAGCUCCGCAGUGAGCUGGCUGGCAACAACCAGACAACGCUCAGUAUCCUUAAAUGGGACUGAAAUAACCCUGCCAGAGACUUAUGUUGCUGCUGGAUUGCCACAGCUCAGAAUAAAUCACUCAUCGCACCCGUCGCGUGUCCCAGAGGACUUCUGGGCCUGGGGUAACUUGAAUGCUGGAUUCAUGAUCUUGCAGCCGUCACUCCGUUUCCACUACUUUGAGGCGUUGCUGGCAGUCGAGGAUAGCUUCGAUACCAGCGUAGCUGACCAGAGCGUCUUGAAUGUUGCUCUUUCUCGUGGGGGCCCUACCCCGUGGACUACGGUGGACUUCUCGUGGAAUAUUCAGUGGCCAUGGCCGGAGGAUAUUAUAAUGGGGUAUGCUGUUCCUCAUGAAAAGUGGUGGGCACCUAUGCACUGGGAAUCUAGGGACUAUUUGCUUUCUUGGUACUGGCGAAUGAUCGGUUAUUCUUCUGACUCAUGA